AUGUCGCGCGUGGUGGCGCGCCCAAGUCGGUACAAGCUGCGCCUCCACACGUUGUCUAGCUAUACUCACCACUCCGAGACGACAAAUGACAUAAACGGUGGCUACGAACAUGUCGCGGAGUACAUCCCCAUUGCCCAGCCCAACUUGCCCUCGCCAAGCUCACCGCACGCGCGAGAUGAGCGAGUGCACCGCGCUCACGCACCCCAGGGCCUGGAAUUGCUUCGGGGGCCGGAAGGCCAUGGGGCACGCAAGAACGAAGGGAAACACAAGGACGCAAUGGACGAGGAUGGGGAGACAACAAUGCAGCAAGACCGGUGUGAAGCAGACCCAGAAGGCUCCAUCGACGGCGACUGCGAGGAGAAGAAGGCUGUCAAAGUGCCGAAGGAGGAACUUGUGCGCGGGUGCAGGUAUGGCGCGACGUUCCUGCCCGUCGCUGAUAGGGGCUACCCGUGA